AUGGCCCCUGGUAAUUGUCAACUUACUUCUCCAAGUGUCCAAAAAGAUAUAAUCAAUGCUUGUGCUAAAGAAACAACUAAAGCAAUAUUGGAAGAACUUGAUGGUGGAUUUUUUGCUAUUCUUGCUGAUGAAUCUGCCGAUGUUUCCGAUAAGGAACAAAUGGCACUUUGUUUGAGAUUUGUUAAUAAAAAGGGGGAAGUGUGUGAGCGUUUUCUUGGUAUUGUUCAUGUUCCUAAUACUAGUUCUUUGACUCUCAAAGCUGCUAUUGAGUCAUUACUCAUGGAACACUCUUUAACUUUCUCUCAAGUUCGAGGUCAAGGUUAUGAUGGGGCAAGUAAUAUGCAAGGUUCAAUCAAUGGCCUUGAAACUCUAAUUUUGAAUGAAUGUUCUCAAGCAUACUUUGUUCAUUGCUUUGCUCAUCAACUUCAAUUGACACAAGUUGCACUUGCUAAGAAAAACUCAGAUUGUGGUUGGCUUUUUGUUGAUGUACUUGCACCUCUCUUGAACUUUGUGGGAGGUUCACCUAAGAGGAAAGAAUUUCUUCGAGAAAAACAACGUCAAGGGGUUGUAGAAGCAUUAUCUUUGGGUAAAAUUGAAUCGGGAACUGGUUUGAAUCAAGAACGUGGCUUAUGUAGACCUUGUGAUACUCGUUGGGGAUCUCACUUUAAAACCAUUUUGAAUGUGCUUGAUUUAUAUCCUUCAAUAGUUUUGUCACUUGAUUCCAUUGCAGAAGUAUCUGAUACACUUGAUUCGAAUAAAGCACAAUCUAUUACACACUUGUUGAUGUCAUUUGAUUUUGUGUUUGUGGCACACUUGAUGGUUGAUAUAUUUGGAAUUACAAAUGCGUUGAAUGUGGCAUUGCAAAAAACAUGA